AUGCCUGCCAAGCCUGCUGCUGGAAAGCCCGCCCGUGGCUGGGACGCUUCCUCUCAUGAGGAUCUUCUCCUUGCUAUCUUGGAAGAAAUCAAACCCAACAAAAGCGAUCUCACCAGCGUGGCCGAGAAGAUGCGAAACAAGGGCUAUUCGUACUCCUACGAUGCGAUCAACCAGCACGUCCAGAAACUCCGCAAGGUCCGCGACGCCUCCGGUAUCCAGAACGCCGGCUCUGAGCCCGCUACUCCUCGCAAGCGAGCUGCUGUUGCCAAGACUCCUGCCAAGCGAGCUCCCAAGAAGAAGGUCGCCAAGUCUGCUUCCAUCGCCGACGAUGACGAUGAGCUCGAGGAGGAGAAGAUGCAGCUCAAGAUGGAGCUCGAUCCCGAGGACGAUGAGAUGCCAUCCCCCUCGCCAGCCAAGCGCGCCCGCGCUGCUCCCAAGAGUGAGCCUGAUGAGGACUCUGGGUCCGGCAAUUUUGAGGCCUAA